CAUUUUUAUAAGUGAUUUGAAACUUUUUUUAGUAUCUGUAUUUUUAUAAAUUAAAACUAAUUAUAAUAUUUAAUGAUUUUUAUAAUUUUCACGAUGACUUAAUCAAACAUUUUGAGUUGAUAAAGCCAUUUAUUGAAGUUCCUUAUGUAGUAACGCGUUCGUUGUAUUUCAUGGAGUUGUCAAAAACUCGAAGAACUGUGGGAAAGGUUUUUCCAAAAUAAUUUAUGUGAUUUUUGAACUUAGAGAAAAUGUCGUUUUCGGUACGAUUUAAUGCAGAAGAUGAAGAGGUAGAAGGAUUGUGUACUACUCCCACAAAAAUACAAUCAACAGGGUCAACUGAUGAACAAUUAAAAACACCUGAACAAUCCUUUGGAAAUUCUCAAUAUUUAGGUUUAUUUGGAUUAAAAAGAUCAACUAGCUUAGAUGCUGAAUAUUCACCUUGUGAUACAACUAUUAAGCGCCUUGAUAGUUUUCUAUCAGAUAUUAAAGAAGGAUUGUGGAGGAGCGAUAGUGGUGGUGAUUUAAGCAUGGCGUCAAAGAAAACUGAUGACUCUGGCCAAGAUGAUGAUUCUGUUUCUAUAAUAUCUAAUGAAAUUGAUGAAGCAGAAGAAGAAGAACAAAUUCAUUAUAAUGUUAUUGAUAGACAUUUGUUUGGUAUUCGCCGCAGAUACACAAAAAUGACAGAAAAAAACACACCAGUAGAUAAUGUAGAGACAGCAAAAGACGCUUUAGAAGACUUAGAGCUGAAAUCAAAUACACCAGAAGUAAUUAAAUAUGAUUGCUCAGAAAAUGAACUUCUAAAACCAAAAGAUAAAAUGAAAUAUAUUAUAUUUAUUUUGUUUGGUAUAACUGGAUGUUAUGUUAGCUACAAAUUUAUUCCAAUAUAUAUAAAUACUUUUAUGCUUGGUAGUCUUAUUGCAUUUAAGUUUAGACAUGUCUUAGAAAUGUUUACAACUGAAGAUUUUAGAAAAAAUCAGUUCCUACCUAAUUUAGAUUAUAUUCCUGAUAAUGAAGCUACUAUUAUACGAUCAUUGAAAGGUUUAUAUGAUCUUGAUCCACGCUUGAUGUUGUUUAAAGGAUGGAUGAACCAAUUUCUCUAUGAUUAUCGCCCAGAAACUUAUCGACUUUCACUUACAAUUUCUGUGUAUGUUAGAUUAAAAGGAUCAAUACUUAUUAUGUCUUAUCCAUAUUAUAAAGUUCCUAAAAGAUCUUUAUACAAUGAAACCAAACCUAAAUUAUUGUUUGUUAAAGAGUGCAUGUACAAGUUGUCAAAAUGUAAAAUUACUUUAUUACCUCAAAAUUUAGUAAAUAAAAGAAAAUGGAGUAAAAAAUACCCUAUUUGUAUAGAAUUAAACUCAGAUUCAUUAAUUGGUGUUAGACGCUCAUUAAAAUUUAGAAAAUUUAUUCAAGGACCAGAUGAGUGGAUGUGUAAAGAUUAUGUUACACCGUCAUUACAAGCUCAGUCAUAUUACGAGGAAAUGUUGGAAUGUGGCAUAUCAGAUAUGAAAGAUGAUUAUGACUUUAAAAAUGAAGCUAAUUAUUCUGAAAAUAAGCAAAAUGAAAAGAAAAAAUUAAAGACUGAUGUGAACCAAACUGAUUCCAAAAAUGACCGUAAAAUAAAUGAAUCAGCGCCAUGUACAUCAAAAAAUGCUGAUAAAUCAAAUGACUUUGAAGAAGAAAAUGAAGUAGAUGGUGAAUGGAAAACUGAUUCCGAUAAAAUAUAUUUAUUUGCUAGAAAUGACCCAGAAAAGGAAUUAUGGUUUCACCGAUUAAAUCUUUCUUCUGCAUUUGAUGUGGUAGCUGCUGAUGAAUUGACCAAUAAGAAAAAGCAAAAUGUAGAAGAACACAACAAAUUUAUCAAAGCUUAUCUUGGUUAUCUAUUUAAUGUUUACGAAUUAUCUAAUUAUCCAGUAUUGACUGAUCAAAAAAAAAAAGAGAAUUUGAUUGCUGCUCAAAUUAAUGAAAUUUCUGAUGAUCAACAGUAUUUAUGGUUAAAUAUGCUUUUGGGCCGUGUAUGUUUUGAUUACUUACAAAAUCCUAUAAUACUUGAAAUGAUUGCUGACAAAUUUCAAAGAAAGUUAAAUGCUAUAAGGUUACCAAAAGUAAUGGAUAUGCUUGUGAUUCGGAGCUUAUGUUUUGGAAAGGGUGAGAUUCCUUCUAUACGCAGUGUAUCAAAACCUUGGAUAGAUCAUCGAGGAAUAUGGUUUGAAGUUGACAUUUCUUAUAAUGGAUCAUUUCAAGCAUCAGUUGAUACUAAACUUAACCUUAUGAAAUUAAAAAAAGAAGAAACUCGACAACAAAAAGAAGAAGUAAGAAGUGCUGUGUAUGAUUCUAAUCAAGAAGAUAGUGGUGAGACAUCAAAUGACGAAGGCCAUACACGAGAGGAUGUUAAUUUUGCAGAAAGAUUGUUUGAACAGCAGUCCUUAAAUGAUCCACCUCCACCACAAGGAAGCCGUAUCACAAGGUUUAUGGAAAAUUGCUCUUCUGGUUUUCUUGAACUGAAAUUUGUUAGAAAAGUUUUUGAAAAUGUUGCUAAGAAGGAACUAACUCUUGUUAUCGAUGUGAAACAAAUAGUUGGGACACUUAUAAUCAAUUUGCCUCCACCGCCCACCGAUCGUGUUUGGGUUUCUUUCAAAGGAAGUCCACAGAUAAACUUUGAAGCUAAGCCAAAAGUAAAUGAUACUAAUGUUCCACUCAUGGAUGUUCUUACUAAAGCUUUACAUAAUAUUUUAAUUAAAGAAUUUGAAAAAGUUAUUGUUCUACCAAAUAUGAUUGAUUUUUCUAUACCAUUGAUGAAUAGUGAAUAUUAAUUUUAAACCUUAAAUAUUAAAGGAUUAUACAGAGGGUUUAAUUAAUAAGAAAAAAGUAAUUGUAAGUUUCUUAAAAAAUAUAUAUAUGAUUAUAAUGUGGAUGUAAGCAUUCGUUACCAAUGAUUAAAAAAAUAUACUAAAAAAAUAUGACUGUGAUAAUGUUUUAGUUUUGCCAAUAUGUUUCAUUUUAAUAUGUUUUUAUUUUAGUUUAUAACUUCUUCCAAUGUUUAAAUAGUAUUUGGCUGUUAAAGUACCUAUUGUUAAUUUAUUUUGUAAGAUUUUUUAAUGAAAGUAGUUCGAUUAGCGAGAAAUGCACAUAUUUAACAAAAGGAUAAAAAUCCUAUAUCCAAAAGGCUGUAAUAUCUAAUCGAAUUACCUACUGUUUACUCUAUACUAUUUCUAUUUUAAGAUUUUUAAGAAUGUGUGUUGUUUUAUUUUGAAUGUUAAAAUCAAAGAUACCUAUAAUAAACACAAAACAACACAAUUAUUUUUCAAAUUUGUUUAUUACAUGAUAUUUAUUAAUUUAUUAUUUAUAUUAUUAUAUUUAUACUAAUGAUUAUAAUGCAUUCAUUAUUAUUGAAUAAUUUUAGUAUUUAUAACUUUUAUAAUAUUUCAUUGCACACUUUUUUUUUUUAUUCACAAGGUGUAUUUUGUAUUAAAAUAUUAUUAUUUAUUUAAGCACGUCUAUAUACUUUGAGUCAAAAAUCAGCUCUGUGAUUAUUAAUUAUUAAUUAAAUUAUGUUAAAAUACAAAAAAUAUUACUGUAAAUAUAUGUAUUAUUAUUAUUUAUUAUUAUAAAUUUCACUACACAAAAGUUUAAAUCCAUAAAGACUAAAAACGUUUGCCAUUCAUAUGAGCACGCAAGCCCCAUGUUUGAUGCAAAGACCAUAAUCAAUAACCAUAUUAAAUAAUUCACAGUUUUUUUCGAAAUUAGAAAAAAUAUUAAAAAUCAGGAGAUUAAUGAAAUUAAAAUGUUGAAAUGUCAAUAUUUACAGAAAAAUGAACUCUACAAAAUUACUAUCUUCAAUUUUUUUUGAAAAUAAUUAAAUAAAAAAACAUAUUUUUUUAAACUUUUUUACCAAAACAUAAAAAUAAAUUAAACCAAGAAAUAUUUGUAGCUCUUGUCCCUGUAAAUCUUAUUAAAAAAAACAGAAUUAUGACAUCUCCAUUAUUUCAGGAGAUAUUUCAAUGGGUAAAUCCUCACGGGACACCCUGUUUAUAUAUUUUAUAUUGAUCCGCAGUCUGUCAGUCUCACAUGAGCAGAAAUGUGAAGUAGUAGUGAACGAUCUACAAAUUCAUGUGAUUGGUUAUUUAAAAUUUAAUUCAUAUUUCGACAUCUGGAUAUAUUAAAAACAUUCAAAUAGGCAUGAACAUUUUGAUUUGACAUACAUGUCACAUACUACCAUUACAUUGAUAAUAAAUAUAUAACUUUCACAUUUUUUAUUUAUGAAUUCAGUGUAUCAUAUAAAACCGAUUGUACAAUGUUUAUGAAAAUAGUUAUGAUAUAUACUAUUGAUUAUAGUUUCAGGUAAAGAAUAUCAGUAUCUGACAAAAAACAGUGUAGACGGAUUUUACAGUGCCUCGUCGUGCGGUGAAUGAAAUUUAAGAGACCCGUUCAAGAUUUUUAGACUUUCAGUUCAUAUUCAUAAUAUUUUUCUUAAAUUUUUCUAAAAGAUAUCGUAAGUGUAUCUAUACACAAACAAUAUAAUUAAACUAUAAUAAUAAAUAAAAUAGUAAAUACGAACUGAAGAUCUCGAACGGGUUCCUAAACUUGCAUACGCCCCACGGCAGGGCACUGUAUAAAAUCUGUCUACAUUGUAUUUUGUCGGAUGCUGAUAUUCUUUGUCUAAAAUUAUAACUAAGUGUACCUUAUUUAUCAUAACCAUAUGCAUUAAUAUUAUUUUAUACUUUUUGUGUAAUACAUCAAAUUAAGUAAAAUAAAAAAUAGAUAGGUACAGUGGAGGGACUUUGGGAGGCUUAGACCCCCUCUCCCAAAAAAAAAAAAUUACUCAAAGCCCCCUCAAAAAUUAUAAUAUGUGUAUUAAUCUUAGUAAAAUUUUUUUACUCUGUAAUUAGAUAUUUUUUCCUUACACCAAUAAGAAAAUUUUUUUUAUUAACUAAAAUAAUAUUACAAUAAACAAUAUUACUAUAAUAGACUAUUUUAGUCGUUUUUUCUUAGGACGACUGUAUAGACAGUAGAAGUAUAAUACUAGUAUUAUAUAAUAUCUUAUGAUGUCUAAAUAAUUGUAUAGUUAUAAUCAAAAAAAUUACGAAUAGUAAGGUAUUACCGAUAAACGGAUAAAAAUAAAACGAUAGCGACGGCGACGUCCGAGUGUCCGACAACUGACAAGUCUCGUAGGUCAAAUAUUGGGAAAAACAAGACUAUUUUAUAAAUAGCUUCAAACGAAUAGACCAGUUCAUUUCAUUUAUCAUUACUUCAUUGAUCAUUCCGAUUUCCGCAUUCGUUUUCGUGUAUCGUGUUGGAGUUGACGUGUUAUUAAGUACCUACUACCUACUACCUAUAUCGAUUUAAUUUAAAUUUUAUUUACUUUAGGUAAAAAUCUUGUGAUCGACUAAAUGUGCCGGAACUUACGUCUUUGACUUCAAGUACAUUUGCAGAUGAAAACUAUGAAAAAAAAUAAGAAAAUACAACGGAUAAUAAUAUUAUCUGUGAUGUGCAUAUAGAUGAUGAACUUGAUUUGGGAAAUUUAAGUACAGAACCUCGUCAACCAAUGUUAAAGGAGUAUCCUAAGAAAAAAUUUGUCAAUAAAAAUCGAGGAUUUACACUAUACAGUAUAGAUAAAAAUGCCAUAUUUUUAAGAAAUAUUUUGGGUGAAAACUUAGUUUAAAGCAAAUUAAACAGCAUUUGGCAUUAUACGAUGGUAAAGUAUUUUCAAAAUGUUUCAAGUAGCUAUUACUCUUCCAGUAAGUACAGCAACCUGUGAGAAAUCAUUUUCUACUAUGCUACGUAUUAAAACAUGGUUACGUACUUGCAGUAUGAAUCAAGAUAGAUUUAGUAAUAUAGAAAAUGACAUUAGUAUCAAUAAUGAAGACAUUUUAAAUAUUUUUGAAAAAACUGAAAGACGUAUACAAUUACAUUAAAAUAUAUACCUACCUAUUUAUUUAUAUAUUA